AUGAGAUCCUUGUUUAGGAGCAAGACUAAGAAGUAUAAGAAGAAAGAAAAUAACCCUUCUUUCAAUAAUGGAAAUGAUGCUAGUAUUACCCAUGCUUCAGAAAAUGUUGGUCGUAACGAGCACUGUACAGCAGGUAUCAGCAACACAGUCGAGAAUGGGGGGUACAAUAGUAACAAUGGACAGGGAGUGACAGACAUUCCCUAUAUACUGUCCCAUACAAAGACUAUGACAAACAGUACGUCAGCGGCUAUCAGGCGAUCGGGCUCGAGAAAACGUGAUGCAUUGAAUAAAAUGAUGCAAUCGUCACAUCUUUCUACAUAUUGCCCUUGUUGUGGAUCUUUGAUUCAUUAUCCGGAAGAAAUUACGAGGUUCAAAUGUGGGAUUUGUCAAGUAUCAACGGAAUUUAAUACUGCCCCUCUAUCACCAAAUUCUCCAAGAGUUCAUAAUGAAAAGAGAGAUAAUAUGAUUAUUAGCUUGGAUCAAUUGAAUAAAUUGGUCAAUUAUUGUUAUAAUAUCUUAGAGAUGAAGAAUAGUCAAUUUUUAAAGGAUGGGAUUUCAUUUAGUAAAUCCACAGUUUUCGAUCCGGUGACUGAUUAUUUGACUGAGAGGUUUAGAGAUCCUAAAAUUAUUAAUCGAUCAUUCAGAAUGCCUCCAGGUUCCAAAAUCUUAAUAAAUUUUGAUCAAUUAAACCAAUUCUAUUCUAUUAUAAUGUCAUUACCAACACGGAAGCCAUUUUUUGAAUUAUUAAGUUCAUGUAAUUAUUGUUUAAAGAAACCAGGUGAUUACUAUAGUUUCGAUCCAACUUUAAAUCAUUUUACUGAAGAUUUAAAUUUUGUUUGGUUAUUAAUUAUUUGGGAAAUACCUUUAAUUAAAGAUUGCUUUUCCCAUUAUAAUAAAACAGAAAUUAAUAAUUCAUGUUUCGUUACAUCAGAAAUGUAUGUGAUAGUUUAUGAAUUGAUUAAACCAUUAGUUGGCUAUAUGAGUGCUUUAUUAUUUAUUCAAAAUAAUUACAAUAUGAUUUGUUUCAUGAAUCAUUUAAGAUAUUUGAAAUUAGAUCAAUUUAAAAAAUUCUUAGAAAUUUUAAAUUUAUAUUUAAAUUUCCAAUUGAAAAAAAUUAUUAAGUAUCCAAUUAUGAAUACUAAUAAUAAUAACGACCGUUUUUCAAAUACAAUUACAAAUUCGUUUCAAGAUUUAUCAGUAACAAAUCAACAUCAUAAUGCUUCACAUAAUCAUGCAUCACACAAUCAUACAUUGCAAACUCAUACAUUGCAAAAUCAUACAUCACAAAAUUAUUCUACCAUUAAUAAUACCAUUGCUAAUAACACCAACAAUACUAGUUUAAUUAACAAUACAAAUAGAUUAGCUCAAAUUAGAGAGGUUAGUAAUAAUUUAGCAAUUGAUUCUCAAACCAAUUCACAAUUUCAACAACAAAUAAUUUCUCAACCAAUGUCAAAUUCAAAUUCAAAUUCCAACACAAAUCAGCAGAAUUUAAAAGAAAAUAUGAUCAAUAAAACUUCAACAGAUAAACAACCUAUGCAUAUAAAUAUUAAUCCUUUAGAUAAACCUUUACCUUCUAAUACAAAUUUCACAGAUCUAUCUCCACUAGAAAAUAAUUCAUUUGCUAAAAAUAUAGCUCCUCCUAUUCAAUUCGCUUCAAAUGAUAAUAUCCACCAGAAUUCAUCGACGUCAAUGAAUCAUUCAAAUUCAAUGGGCCAUUCAAACUCAAUAGAACAUUCUCCAAGAUUAAGUUAUAUAGAACCAAAUACAUUGGAAAAUUCAAAUUCAAUUGCAGAUACUUUGAUUAACAAUAGUCAACCUACAGUAAGAAGAUCACAUUCAACAAACUCUCCCAGGGGAAGAUCUUCAAGAUCAAUUAAUUCUCAUUCAGCUUCAACAUCUAUUUCUUCUUCUACUCCAUCUUCAAGGAGUAAUUCAAAUAAUUCCAUUCACAUUAAUAAAUCAAAGAAUUUAAAUAGGUAUUCUUUUAAUCUAUUAGCUAAUAAACAUACUGAUAAUGCUAUUCAUAAUAAUGAAUGUCAAGGCAACUUAGAUACACAUUCAAAUGAUAGAAAUAGUUAUAUCGAGGUAGGAAACAUUUCGCAAGGAAUUUCACUUCAAAAUAAUUUCCAAAAUACAAAUCCAUUUUUAAAUUCUCAACUAAAAUCAACCACUAAUAACUCAAUACCUAAUAAUCCCAUUACAAAUAAUGAUAAUUCUAAUACUAUUAGUUUUAUCAAUAAUCAUACUAAUUCAAUAACAAAUAACUUAAUUACAAGUCAUAACCAUUAUAUUUCAAAUAAUAACAGCCAUCCAAAUCACAGUAAUGCCAUUACAAACAACAACAUUCAUUCAAACCAAGAUAACUCUAGUUCAUCUCCUACCAACUUGAAUCCAACUUCUAAUACAACAAACAAUACAGAAGCAUCAAAAAGAUCAGAAAAAUAUCAGCUGUUACAAGAUUUCAGAUUUAAGACUACCGAUUAUGAUUCAAGUUGGCAAAUUAGAUCGGUUGCUAGACUAUUGGCAAUAUUUUAUAAAGUCAACAUGAAGAGAACAAAUACAAGAAUUAGUACAAAUGAAUUCUAUAAUACUCUUCUAGAUUUUAUUGAUUAUAAAAAAGAUUUCACCAGUUGGCAAUAUCAUGAUAAAUGCUCCAUUAAUUCAAAUUGGUUAAAAUUAUUAUCUUUUGAUGAGAAAUAUUCUCAAACUAAUAAGGUCGAGAAUUCUAAUGGUAAUAAAACUCGUCCAAAUAAUCUUAUGAUUUUGUUAAAUAACCCAAAUUUUAAUAAUAAUGUCAUGUCUCAAAAAACUUUAUUCUGCCAUUUCCCAUUUUUAUUAUCCUUAGGUAUAAAAAUUUCAAUAAUGGAAUUUGAAAUCCAUAACAUCAUGGAAUAUGAAGCAGAGCAAGCAUUUUUAUCUUCAUUGGAUAAAGGUAAACAAAUUGAUGUUUAUUUUAAGAUUUCGAUCAGAAGAAACCAUGUAACAAAGGAUUCUCUACAAGCUAUAAGGAAUCAUAAAAAGGAUUUAUUAAAAUCAUUAAAAGUAGAGUUUAUUGAUGAGCCAGGUGUAGAUGCUGGUGGUUUGAAAAAGGAAUGGUUUUACCUUCUAACCGGUUCGUUAUUUAAUCCUAUUAAUGGCUUAUUUGUUUAUGUUGAAGAAAGUAGAUUAGAAUGGUUUACAAUUCAUGAACCUGGGCAUCAUAAGCCUACUGAGAAUAAAAAAUACUUAUUUAAAGAUCCCCCUGCUUUAAGUGAAAAAAUUUCGGAAUUAUAUUAUCUCUUUGGGGUUAUUGUUGGAUUGGCCAUUUUUAAUAGUAAUAUCUUGGAUUUAAAAUUUCCAAAGGCUUUUUAUAAAAAAUUAUCAGGUGAAUCUUUAAAUUUUGAUGAUUUUACUGAAUUAUAUCCAGAAACUGCACGCAAUUUGGUAAAAAUGUUAGAAUAUGAAGGAAAUGAUUUUGAAGAUGUGUUUGGAUUAACUUUUGAGACAACUUAUCUAGAUAUUUCCCCAGGUAAUGCACCUAAUUCAAAUGAUAAGAAAGGUACUAGUAUAAUGCAUUCUAAAAAAAAAAUUUACCGUACUGUAGAAUUAUGUGAAAAUGGCCAAUCUAUCAAAAUCAAUAAUUCCAAUAAGCAUAAAUAUGUUUCACUUUGGAUGGAUUUUUAUCUAAACACAAGUAUUCAGGAGCCAUUUGAAAGAUUCCAAGCUGGGUUUAAACAUGUAUUUGCUCAAUGUAUGUCUUGCAAAUUAUUUAAUUCAGAGGAAUUGGAAAGAUUGAUCUGUGGUAGUUCUCAAAAGGAUUCGUAUGAUUUUGCCAUGCUCAGAAGUGUUACAAGAUAUAAUGGAGGGUUUUCAGAUACAUCACAAGUAGUUCAAUGGUUUUGGGAAAUUCUUCAAAGUUGGCCUUCUGUGCUUCAAAAAAAGUUUUUAAUUUUUGUUAGUGGAUCAGAUCGAGUUCCAGCAACAGGUAUGUCUACAUUACCCUUUAAAAUUACCAGAAUUUAUUCAAAGAGCAAACCUCAAUCAUUACCUUUGGCACAUACUUGCUUCAAUGAGUUGUGCUUAUGGGAUUAUGAAUCAAAAACUAUACUAGAACAAAAAUUAAAAUAUGCAGUUUUAGAAGCAGAAGGGUUUGGUAUCAAAUAG